AUGGUGCCCAUGACCCACGUCCUAAGCUUUGGUGACUCCAACGUAAUCAUCUACUUGCAGCCCCCUGGGGUGACCCCUCUGGGAGGCUCUGCCAUCAUCCACUGUGAGUACCAGCACUAUGGUGGGACCUUUGUGCUCUACAGGAGUGGGAAAAAAAUACUCACUCUGAAGCCUCAUGGUGGAAGGGCCGAGUUCCUCAUCUCCAAUGUCACCCGAAGUUUCGCAGGUCCCUACACCUGCCAUUACGUGCAUGGAGAUAAUGGGACUAUACUGGCGCGCAGUAACACCUUGGAGGUCCUGGUGGAAGAGCUCCAGGGCCCCAGACCUGUCCUUUCCAUCCUGCCCGAGCAUGAGGUGACUGCAGGGUCUGCCGUGCUCCUCCGUUGCACCUUCUGGAACGACAGUGCUACCUGUUUCCUGUACCUGGAAGGCCGGGCUGGGACACGUUAUGAAUUCCCCUCUACGGAGGCUACUUUGCAGCUCUCCCAGGUGGAGCCGGGCAAUGGGGGCCGCUACACCUGCCAGUGCUUCAUCAAACAGACCCCACCAAUAUGGUUCAUCCCCAGUGAAUUCUUGGAACUGGUCGUGAGAGUUAUGCCUGAACUCACCAGCACUGUCUGGCUGGUGGUGGCAGAUUACACCCGGGGCAACACCGUGCGCCUGGCCGUGGGGGCCGCGAUCCUCGUGCUGCUGGGGCUGAUUGUGGCCGAGGCCCUGCACAGCCACCGAUCCACGGCCAGUCACCUGGGCCCCCUCUAG